UCGGGCCGCGCGCAGAAGCGGAGGGGCGGGGCCGGGCCUGCCGGCUGAACGCGGCGCUGCGGAGCGGGGGAUGGCGGCGUCAUGGAGGGUCGCUGCUACGGGUGCGCCUGCAAGUUCAGCCUCUUCAAGAAAGAGUGCGGCUGCAGGAGCUGCGGGCGCGCCUUCUGCUCGGGCUGCCUGAGCUGCAGCGCCCCGGUGCCUCGCUGCGGGAGCGCUCCGCAGAAGGUGUGCAAGCAGUGCUACGGGAAGCUCACCGGACAAGAGUCUCAAAGCACUUCGGCAAAAUGGUCACCACCAGAAAACUACAAAAAGCGUGUAGCAGCGUUUGAGGCUAAGCAAAAACAGCUGAAAGGACAACAGAAGGCAGAUGCAAAACUACUCAUUCAAGAUGGCUCCAAAUACCGAGGGCUCUCCAAAGAGGACAGAGCUAUUGCAGAAAGACUGGAGAAGCUCAGGGAGGAAAGGAAGCCCAAAUCCAUCCCUUCUCAGGCUGAGAUCGAAGCCAGGCUGGCUGCACUGAAGGAGGAUUACCACGGACCUAUUCCAUCUGCACAGGAAAUGGAGGACCGGUUGGCUGUCCUGCAGGGGAGGGAUCCCCCUUCCCAGGCUCCCAGACCAGUACACCAACCCCCUGAUACCAGAAGUCUGUCACAGCAAACAGAUGACCUGUUAACUCAGCUAGCUGAGGAAGUUUCUAUUGAUGAGCAUGACAGUCCAGGAGUCCAGCCUCAAGCUGUUAGUGGCCGAAACUUGAAUGACCUGAGUCGGGAAAGUGAAGAUUGUGUUUCCCAUGCAAAUCUGGACCCAAGACAGCUGGAGGAAGAGAAGAAUAAACUUUUGGCAGAGGCUGCUGCUGAGCUGCGAGAAGAAAACACUAGGCAGGAAAAAAUCUUACAGGUUGCUAAGAGAUUGGCAGUACUCAGAGGCCAAGACCCAGAGAAAGUUACACUGGAAACGUACAAAUUCCCUGACAGCGACGAGGAAUUGAAUGAGGAGGAAGCCAUUCAGAGAGUGCUGAAACAGCUUACAGAGGAAGCAGCCCUGGAUGAAGCGAGUGGAUUCAACAUUCUUCCAGAUCAGACCACUCAGCCAGGAUUUUCACAACAGAACCUGCAUAAAAAAACAAAGCAAGGGAGGCAGACUCCAACUGCCAUAGCUCUUGCUGAGGCAGAUGACAGUGAUGAACAUGAGUUACCCUGGUGCUGCAUCUGCAAUGAAGAUGCAACUUUGCGAUGCCAUGGUUGCAGUGGGGACCUCUACUGCCAGCGCUGUUUUCGGGAAGGCCAUGAUGAGUUCGACAUGAAGGACCACCACACCUCUCGGUAUCAUCUUCCUUGCAAGUAGUGGUGAUCACAGUCUUCGCUGGCAGAAAAGGAGAUGGACACCUCGCAUCUGGCCCCCUCCCUCUUCUCCUGCUAUCCAAAUGGAUUUGCAGCCAAAAUGGGUGAUGUUUUGGACAGUAAAACGAUGUGCUGUUAACUGAAAGGGGCUUAGAGGGCAUGUGCCUUGGCCCUCAGAAACACAACUAGAGAAGUGUUGGGCUUGCCACCAGUGCUUGGGAUAAAUGAGGAUUUGAUGUGAGGUGGUGGCUCUGAGUCUAUAAAUAUAGACAGUAAGGAAUCGUGAAUAACAGUGAAGAUGUAUGCUUAAGGCAGUGUUGGCUGGUUGUUAAGUAAUGUGCUUUUGCUAACAGCUUACAUGUUGGUUCACAAGUCAGCAGAGUACUUUGCACUAAGAAAUUGUCUAUGUCAUGGUCACAUGUGUGAUGAGAACUUUCAAAAUGGAAUAAAACUAUUUACAGCAGACUGGUUGAAAUCUCUUUUGGAAAUGCCUCAUAAUAGCCCUUUAUAAAGUGUCACCCUCCUGUAAUGGUAUCUCAGUUGUACAGCCAGGUGGAUCAGGAAAAUGAAAUCAUGAAAAAACACUUCUGUGGUGUUGCUGGGCUGGUGCAAGGGUGUCAUGCUCCAGUGAUGAGCAGUGUCGCUUAUAUGUUUGAAAUGAAAAGUACUUCUUAAAGAUAAUUUGCUACAGAUGCACUGUGUUCUGACCAGCAGUGUCUGCACAUAAGUUGCAUGUAGUCUAUGGGAACAGCAUGUUAAUCUGGAAGAGAUGUGUGUUACUAUGAAAGUGAGAAUUGAGUCUGUUUAUUACUUGUUCCCCUGGUAGGAUAAAAAUGCUGGAUGUGUGAUGAUUUCUUACCUGGCUAUGAGAGAAUCUCAGUUUACUGUGCUUGUAUACUACCUAGAGACAGUCCAGAUGCAUGCAACACGUGCCAGUGGCUCUAACACCCAGAAUCAUUUGAAAUACACGAUUAAACUUUUCUGAAAUCAGUUCUAAUAUCCCAUCAGGGUGAGCUCUUCCAGGAGUGUAGUGUGACUUUAGACAGCUGUCUAAGGUUGACAAAUUCCAGGAGUGUCCAAACAGAAAAACCUUAUGAUUUGGUUUUGACAGAGAGCUUCCAAUUGAUCUUGCCUGUCUGGUUUGACGCUGCCACUCCCAGCUGUCUGCUUUGCCCCUGUGCUGAAGGUCACUGCCUGUGUAGGUGAGCUGGCAAAACUGUUUGCAUGCACUUCAGCCACCUCCAGUCAGUCAGCCAAAGCUCAGUAAAUACCUUAAACUGCAUCCAGAGGUGGAUUUGUGCAAACUUGCUGGACUGGAUUAGGAGUUUCAGUAGUUAUCUGUAUCAGACAACACGGUGUGGUAAUAUUUCUGGUUGACACAGCGAGAAAUUGCUAGUAUAUCUGACAGUGCUGGCUAAACUCAUUGUUAGGAAGGCAUAUGAAACCCAAUCCACUAAAGCACAGUCUGUGAGAGGAAAGACCUCCUUCACAAGUGCCUUAACAUUAGAACAGACAGGAGGGAAAACUACUGCAUUGUUCUGAUGCAAGAGCUCACAGUGAAUCCUGUGUUACACAAGAUCUAAGUAGAUAGUUACUGACCUGAGGAGUUUGAAGUCUUCAUUUCUAAGACUUUAUUUUUCUGGCAGUUCUGGCUUCAUGUCAUUGUGGGAAUGGUUCUUCGUUGUUAUUUGACCAGGAUAGUUGGUCUGACAGCAAGACAGCCCACUGAAAAUUCUGUCUCAGGUUAAAUCCUUUGUGUUUUGCAUGUACAGAAGAUGGAAACAGCCAUCUUCUCUCUAAAACUGAUCCACUCCUUUGGGUUUCAGCCUUCCCAAGGUUCUUUCCAUACAGAUAAUAGGCAAAUUAAUUCUUGUUUUACAGGUGUGUUUUUUUCUUUUUUUACCUCCUUUUUAUCUAUGAGUUGGUGAUUUACUUGAAGCAGUUUAAAUGUUUGAUCCAUCACAACACAAGUUUGAGCUCCUUGUGCAGUUAGGUAGCAUGAGUCCAGUGAGACCUGCCCUGUGUUCAUCAAUAGUAAAGCAACAGCUAACAGCCUGAAGCAGCUUAUUUAGUUUCCUGGAUUGGCUUCUGUGGGUUCAUCCCAAGGAAUCCAGAAAUGCAACCAGCCCAAUACCUGAAAUAGAACUUAGUCAUGGAAGACUCUUCAGUCAUUCACACAUACUGACUUUUUCACUGCCCAGUCACUAACGGACAUUUUUGUGGCUGCUGAGCUUUCUGCAUGUAAUUGGCCAUUUUAGUGGCUGGCCAAUCACUUUCUCCUUGUAAAGCCAUCUCCACUGUAGCUCAUGCCUCCAUGCAAAAGGAUCAUGAGAGCAAUCUCAAUCAGCUGUCUGCAGAAGCACAAUUAACAAUCUCAUUUGGAAAGAGUAUUGUGUGACAUUUAGCUGGCCAGUGCACACUUAGCUGUGUUGCACACACUGACCUUGGCUUUGAAAAGGUGCUGGUAAAGCAGUAAAGGUAUUGGUAAGCCGUGAGUUCCUCACUGGGAGGAUCAACCUCAGUGAUAGCCAUUCAAGAACUGAGGAGAGUUUGGGAUCUACAAGAAGGAAUCUGUUUGUUUCCUUCUUUGUUGUGUGCCAUAAGGAUGUAAGAUGAUUUUCUUUUCCUCUCAAUAUGUUUCGUACAUGAAAUAUCAAAAGUAGUUUCCUCCCCAGCAAGAGUUCAAACUACUACUAACAAAUGAAUCUGAAAUCAGAUUGGUUCACAGAGAGGCCUCAGAUAAACUGCAUUAAUUUGCUAUUGCUGCAGUUCAUGCAGAUGUGCUUUGCCUUAACUGCUGUAACAAGUGAUCCAAAUAUAGCCUCCUGAAUAUGUUUAAGGGGAAUGUAGCUCAUCAUAAACGGAAAAUGAUUUGAAGGUUAUUUUAUGCACCUUCAUGAAAUUUUAAUUAGAAAAACGCAUGAAAUUUCACAUGUUCUGAGUUAUCUUGGUAUAAUCAAGAGGCAAAUGUCACCUUAAAGAAAUGUUCUUACCAUGCUAUCUGCAAAUCAAAUACAGAAAUCUUAUGCUAGUAGUGUGAUGGUACUGAGAAACAGCAGUUGACUGG